GGCCCAGGCACUAAACUAAAUGUACCUGACCUAUUGUAUCCAUCCCAGAGUGCCCACUAAAGAGGGGCAAACUCUUUGAUUUUGUUGUUAUUCGUAGUGAUUCCUCCGUUGCACGCCUGGACAAACUCUGUAACAAGAGCACAUACGAGCGGCUUUGCAUCUAAACCGAUACCUGCCAGACUCUGAUCCGACAAGAAAAGAAAUCAUAGCAUCGCAACAUACCCAUUAUCUGUAAUUCUACAAUGUCGAGCACCGACGCCACCAAGCCCGUCGAGGCUGGCAAGCCCGAGGAGUCCAAGCCAGUCACUUCGGAUGCUGUCUUCUCCAUGUUCGGAGGUGGCGCAAAGAAGGAGAAGAAGGAGGAUGAGGAUCGUGGCGAUGUUUCCGGCAGUGCCAAGGCCCAGCGUGAAGCUGCUGCUGCUGCCGCCGCUGCCGCUGGUGACGAUGAUGACCAAGCCCCCGAGUCCGAGGACGUCCACUUCGAGCCUGUGAUCCGCCUCACGGAGAAGGUCGAGGUCAAGACCAACGAGGAGUCAGAAGAGCAACUUUUCAAGAUGCGCGCGAAACUUUUCAAGUUCGUUAGGGACACAAGCGAGUGGAAGGAGCGCGGAACUGGCGACGUCAGGCUGCUGAAGCACCGUGAAAACGGCAAGACUCGUCUUGUCAUGCGUCGUGACAAGACCCUCAAGGUCUGCGCGAACCACUACAUCGUUCCCGAGAUGAAGCUCUCGCCCAAUGUUGGCUCCGACAGGAGCUGGGUGUGGAAUGCUGCUGCCGAUGUCAGCGAGGGCGAGCCUGAGGGUGUGACACUGGCCAUCCGCUUUGCCAACUCUGAAAAUGCCAACUCCUUCAAGGAUGCUUUCCUCAAGGCCCAGAAGGAUAACGAGGCCUUGUUCGGCAAGUCAGAGACCGAGACUGCGGCUCCUGCGGCGGAGGAGAAGAAGGAGGAGGCUAAGACCGAGGACAAGCCUGCUGAGGCCUCAUGAACUCGUUGACCUGCGUCCUUCGGAGCUUGCCCAUCAAAAUGAUGGUGACUACGGCUUGCUCGGAGAACUUGACUCGCCAGAUCAGGGAGCCUCGAGUCUUUAUGUUACACUGAAAGCGCACCAAGGGCAAAUUACCCUGUCCGCCAGCACCCCAUAAGACACAUCACCCACCAAGAACAACCACUACCCGACCCCAUAGUCUAUAGGCCGUCAGCCUUAGAAAACUAGGUGUAAUUCACCUUACCUGCCGCUUCGCGAGGCUGUCAAGUGAUGGCUUGGCCUGCGGUUGCCUAUCCCCUAAACCAAUAAAAGCCAGUCAAAUAAUCAAGGACUUUUCGGAAUUCACCGGGCAUGAUUUGCUUUUAAGGUUAAUUUUUGCCCGCUGAAGGGCCCAGCAAUGCCUUGAUAGUGAGAUGCGUCAAUGUUGUAGUUGCCCCCUCAUAAUAAUGAGG